AACCAAAUUCAAACUUGAAUCCAAACGCCCGUCACCAACGAUCCAAUUCCAAUCUCAACUCGGAUUUGGAUUCGAUUCGAAUUUAUAUUCGACGAUGACGAUCCAAAUAAAGCAAUUGUUCCAGCUCUCCUCCUCCCCACCACCACCACCGCCACUACCUUCCUUAAAUUCUCGGCCUCCUUCGUUUCUGUCCCUCUUCGUUUGCUUCCAAGAAGCCAUGCGCCGCACACUCCCUGCUUUCCUCCUCUUCACCUGCGCUUCCCUGUUCCUCCUCGCCUUCUUCUCACUUCACCUCUCCCGCACCACCGACUUAAUCCACCACUUCCCCAUCACCCUCGCCGACGACCGCCACCACUCCAUCGCAAUCCGCGAUCAGCCUCUUCCUACCCCUCACCGCACUCGCCACGACGUCUCCUCGCUCACGAACUCCUCCUCCACCGCCAUAUCCACCGUCUCCGUUCUCCUCCCCUCCUGGGAGAUCCUACUCAUUGUCUCUCCAGAGACUCCACUUCCAUCCGCCGGAGGCAACACCUAUGUUUGUCUCUUCCAGAACAACGACACAUCUGACGCCAGGCUCUCCAAACCGUUGCCGUUUACGAACCGGACGACGCUGGCGUGCCCCAUGCCCAACCGAGUGAAGCGUCUCCGCCCGUUUUACCAACCUGUGUUGGCCAAGUGCUCCGACAAAGACACGCUGGCGCCGGGUUCGAAUUCUCCGGAGCUGAUGGUCCGGUGGAACUUCAUGGUCUACGAGUCGUUCUCGACCGAAGACGACGUCGUCCUGUUCGCCAAGGGUUUGAACAACCGCCAGGGCGUCAACCGACCUCCCACCGAGUUCAGGUGCGUGUUUGGCGACAUCAACAACAAAAACGCCGUCAGAACCGCCGUUACAAGCUCCGUACAAGAGGUGUUCAGGUGCCACCACCCCAACUUGACGGACGUCAAUUUCAACGAGAAGCUCAUCAAAAUCUCACUGGAAAUCGUUGAUGCAAAUGUCGUAGUCCCGUCGGUUGCGUACUACUCGUGCAGGCUACCUAUGGAGACUACUACUAGUGCGGGGGCCUCAGAGAUUGCUACAACCGUGGGGACCACAGAAAUUCAGCAAAAUAAUUUGGACGAGGUCUGCGUAUGCACCAUGGUGUACAACGUGGCAAAGUUCCUGAGGGAGUGGGUGAUUUACCAUUCCAAGGUCGGAGUCGAUCGCUUCAUCCUGUACGACAACGACAGCGACGACGGUCUCGAGAGUGUCGUAAAAGAGCUGAACGACGAGGGGUACAACGUUUCGACGCUGUUUUGGGUGUGGCCCAAGACGCAGGAAGCCGGGUUCUCGCACGGUGUCCUGUACGCCCGGCGUGCGUGCAAGUGGGUCGCGUACAUCGACGUGGACGAAUUCGUGUUCGCGCCGAACUUGUGGGCCCAGUCGGACCAACCGUCGAAGCACAUGCUGAAAUCUUUGCUACCGGAAAACAACCAUAACAACAGCGUUGUUGGGCAGGUUUCGAUCAAGUGCAACGAUUUCGGUCCGUCGAACCAGAAAAAUCACCCGGCAGAAGGCGUUACGCAAGGGUACACGUGCCGGAGGCGGUUCGAGCAGCGGCACAAGUCGAUAGUGCGGCUGGACGCGGUGGACGACUCGCUGGUGAACGUGAUACAUCACUUUAAGUUGAAGAAGGGGUACAGGACGAGGCAAUUGAGCAUGGAGAAGGCGGUGGUGAACCAUUAUAAGUACCAGGCGUGGCCGGAAUUCCAGACCAAGUUUCGGAGGAGGGUGUCGGCAUACGUGGUGGAUUGGAUGCAGGCGCUGAAUCCUCAGUCCAAGGACAGGACCCCCGGAUUAGGGUUUCAGCCGGUGGAGCCGAAAGGUUGGGCGGAAAAGUUUUGCGAGGUUAGAGACGAGCGGUUGAAGAUGUUGACCCAGAGAUGGUUUGGGUCUCAUACGCCGGAUGGCUACAGAAUGGUGUGGCAAUCAUGAAACAUUUAUCUCAAUUCAUUCCAUAUAUAUGUUUCGUUUCCUACUUGUUUUUGUUACCAUGGCGAUGGCAGCCAUGGAUUCGAGUUCGACAUGCAAUUGAAAACAAUGUGCAGACACAAGCUUAGGUAUGUAGCAGGAGUUCAUGUUUGUCACAAAUGUAUACAUAAUAUUGAAGGCAUAGGAUUACAUGGUGGGAAGUAGUUCGAGUUGAUGAGGUGGGAUUCUUUCAAUUUCUUGUUCAUUCUGUUCAUCAUGUUUGUUUUUUUGUAUAGGAUAUAGAUUUUAUUCCUGUGAUUAGGAGAGAGGAAUUUUUUUCCCCUCCAUUGGAACCUUACAGUCGAUUUUUCUGGUCCCUUGCUAGUUGAAUGUGAAAUUAAGAUCAAGGAGCUUCUAAUUUCUAA